AAAUUUCAUCUGUAAUCCUCUUCUUUCCUUUCUUCUUCUAUGGAAGGAUAACGAUUCAACAGUCAAUCUCCAAAUAAACAUUCAGUAAUGUCACGUCCACAGAACAUUGGUAUCAAGGCCAUCGAGGUCUACAUCCCAGGCCAAGCCGUAAACCAAGCAGAGUUGGAGAAGUUUGAUGGUGUGUCUGCUGGAAAGUACACCAUUGGUCUUGGUCAAACCAACAUGGGUUUUGUGAACGAUAGAGAGGAUAUCUACUCCAUGACCCUUACCGUCUUGUCCAAGCUUAUCAAGAACUAUGACAUUGAUGUUAACAACAUUGGAAGAUUGGAAGUUGGUACAGAGACUUUGCUCGACAAGUCCAAGUCUGUCAAGUCCGUCUUGACUCAAUUGCUCGGUGAUAACACCGAUACUGAAGGUAUUGACACCAUCAACGCAUGCUACGGUGGUACUAACGCCCUUUUCAACUCCAUCAACUGGGUUGAAUCAUCUGCAUGGGAUGGCCGUGAUGCAGUUGUUGUUUGUGGUGACAUUGCCAUUUAUGAAAAGGGUGCUGCAAGACCAACUGGUGGUGCUGGUACCGUUGCCUUGUUGAUCGGUCCAGAUGCACCAAUCGUCUUUGACAACAUUAGAGGCUCAUUCAUGGAGCACGCUUACGACUUCUACAAACCAGACUUCACAUCUGAGUACCCAUAUGUUGAUGGUCACUUUUCCCUUGCAUGCUACGUUAAGGCCUUGGAUAAAGCCUAUGCGGCUUACUCUAAGAAGGCCAUCAAGGCUGGUGUUGAAAGUGCCACCGCAACUACUGUGGGCGCUACAAAGAGAUUUGACUACAACGCAUUCCACGUUCCAACUUGUAAAUUGGUUGUCAAGUCUUACGCAAGAUUGCUCUACAACGACUUCAGAGCCAACCCAGAGUUGUUCCCAGAGGUGGAUAAAUCACUUGCAGAGAUGUCAUACGAAGAUUCCCUCUCUGAUAAGACCGUUGAAAAGACCUUUGUUGCCUUGGCCAAGGAGCUGACCAAAGAAAGAGUUCAACCUUCUUUGCAAGUCCCAACAAACACCGGUAACAUGUACACCGCUUCUUUGUACGCAGCAUUGUCUUCUUUGUUGUUCUACGUGGGAUCUGAAAAGCUUCAAGGAAAGAGAAUUGGUCUUUUCUCUUAUGGAUCAGGAUUGGCUGCAUCUUUGUUCAGUGCAGUGGUCAAGGGUGAUAUCACCUACAUCACCGAAAAGUUGGACUUGGACAACAAGCUCAACUCUAGAAAAAUUGCUACCCCAGAUGAGUACGAAGCUGCAUUGGCUCUUAGAGAAGCUGCUCAUUUGAAGAAGAACUUUACUCCAGUUGGUUCAUUGGAAAACGUUGGAUCUGGUGUUUACUACUUGACAGAAGUUAACGACAGAUUCCACCGUAAGUACGCUGUUAAGGAGUAAGAAGACGAACCAAAGAAAUAAAACGAAGAUGAAGGAUUUGGAGAAAACGAAGUUCUAGGAAAGAUUAACUAGAUAU